AUGUGCUUUGAACCUGUAUUAAUAUUUUUUUUUCAGGAACCCACAACUUCAGGGAAAAAAUCUUCAAAGCAAAAUGAAAAUGUAGAUAGCGGCAGCGAGGCUUCUGAGGAACAUGCUGAGGAGGAGCGAAACCCAGAGACUGGAGUGUCCGAACCCGCCUCCCCGCAGGCUGUUGUCUCUGCUUCCAAAGUUUCAUCGCCGAAACAUCAGCCUUCGCCAUCAAAGCUGGAACCCGAGACCGUGGCGGCUGCCUCAGUUGUUUCGUUGACGGCCCCCGCCGAGCUCACUCAAGAGCAGGAAGAAGCAGCCGAUAAAGCUAGCGAAGAAAUGGACAAGGAGCUGCGCGACCUAGAGUUGACCAGCGUGCAACUCUAUCCCGAGAGCCGGCUGGUUAUUCUGCUGGCGAUACUCUUCCUAAUCUGGAUCAUAUUCCUGGUGCUUUCGGCAUCGGUCAAGCACGGCCUGCUUCCACCGCCGAGCGACGAGUCGACGAUGCACACUGUUGCUCCAACAACGCGAGAUCACUGGCCCCCUGUGUGGCCCCCUAUAACGUACAGCACGCAAAAACCAAAGGAACCACCGACCAAUUCCACCGCAACCACGCAAGAGCCGCUGCGGGGGGACUUCAUAUGCUCGAGCGAUUACUGCCAAAGAGAAGGCAACUACUUGCGUGCUUUGACCACUCAAUCCACGAAGGAACCGUGCGAAAACUUUUACGAGCACGUUUGUGAGGCCUGGAAGAAGUCGGCCUCCCGGAGGAUCCAAGAGUUGCCAGGAGCAGCGGUCUCCACCGACACUCUGCUGCAAGCGUCAAUGGAAGCUCAGUUGUUGGCCUACAUAAAGGACACGGCGCACGCAGAUGUCACUCCUGCCCGAGCACUGUACGAUAUGUGCAUGAAUAGGGGCUUCGCGAACGCUGCGCUCUUGGACACAAAGCAGCUGCUUCGCCAGUGGGGCUCGGACUGGCCACAAAAGGGUCGCGCUAGCAGCUCUACCAAGGAAGUGUGGCACUUUGCUGCCAAGCUGAUGCGGGUGCUGGGUGUGCCGUCGCUGGUGGGCAUCGAGAUCGGCCUCGACCCGUGGAACCUCGAACAGAACAUCAUUGAGGUAGGCCCACCGAGAACAAUGUUCUUCUCCAAGGACGUCUCGGAGCCGCGGGUCAUGACACUCUUCAGUGACGCGACGCGCGCCGCUGCAAAGGCGCUGAACCCGAACGACGCAGACGCCGCCAACGCGGCAGCCAAGGACGUCAGCAUCGCCUUAGCCAGUAUCUCGCUUCACCAACUCGACGACCUGGGAACGUCGCCCCUGGACUUCCAGCUGGAUAAGUUCGGCUCGCUGGGGAAAGGCGUGCAGUACUUUCUACGCACCGUCGUCGAGAACGUCACAACACUCGAUUCUCGCACCCGGCUGCUGGUGCACCGAAGUCCGCUGUUCCGUCGAGAGCUGGACGAAACCGUGAACAGCUUGCCUCCUCGCGCCAUGCUCAACUACCUGGGCCUACUGGCUCUCGUGGCGCUGUCCCCAUUUCUGCCUGAGCGGUUGAGUUCUCUCCGCGUACUCCACUCGGUGCACACGCUUGGACGGGCCGAGAACGGCAGCAACGAGCUUCUGUGCCUGCGCGCGGUGAGCCAGGCUUAUCCUGCCUGCUUGGCGGCGGCGUCGCAGACGCUGUACAAGAACACGCACCGGUCCGUGUGGCUGUCGCAACUCGAGUCCCUAUUCGUGGGAUACGUGCGCAACGUCGUGUGGAUGGACAAUCUGACGUCCUUGUUCGUGCGCUAUAAGAUGCAGCACCACCAUUUGGCGCGGUUUUUUCCCGCCUGGCCUUUGGGUGACUGCAAUGCCACGACCGGAGCCGCUUCUUCCAAAGCCAUUGUCGCUUUCGUGGACGCCGUCAGUCUUCGUCAAACACAGGAGCUUCAACAGCUCGGAAAGUCUCCGCUGCAGGCGAGCACUGGCUCCCCGUUGUCCGUGUGGCCUCGGUACCGGCUGUGCCUGCGGUUAUUUCAGAUCCCCGUAGGGCUGGUCAACGAUUCGGUGCCGGCCAAUGGCACCUUCUUCGCGCUGCACCUGUCACGCCUGGCGGUGCGGCUGUAUGCAGCGCUGGCGCAGCUGCUCUACGAAGGCACCGUGUACGAACGCGAGAUCCCGCUCUAUUUCACAGAGGAGGCGGAACGCACGCUCGAGGACCUACUCGACUGUUUGUUGUGCGACGCGCGGCGCAGAUUCCCGCACGGCCUCCGUGCAGAGCGAGUGCGCAACGCUCUGCUGGAACAGGUGCUGGCCCUACAGCUGGGCUUUCUGGCUUUCCGCCGCCUGCUGGCCGUGCGGCGCAUCUGGAGCUUCGACUUCCGCCUCUCGACGCUGCCGGAGGUCACCUCGGACCAACUGUUCUUCCUCUACUACGCGCUGGAUCACUGCGAGCUCAGUGACGCCGUGUUCGAGUCGCACCAGUUCGAGGCUUACCGCCGCCUGCCCUCCGCGGUGCGCGUCAACAUGGCGGUGCGCCAGUCGACGCGGUUCGCACAAGCUUUCCGCUGUCCGCCAGGUUCACCCAUGGUGGCGGGAGAGCCGUGCCAAGUUCUACGAUAAGAGGAUUCCAAGUGAUAAACCAGUUGGGCUCUUGGCAGAGCAGGACCUGCGGGCGAUA